CCGGAGUCUGCCGGUGGUCUGAGGGCCGUCGCUGAGACUCCACCAGCAGCGAGACAACGCGGCAUCGAGCACCACCCCCUCCCCUCCUCUUAACCCUCCUCAUCCUCAUCUGGCUGUUUUUGCGCUUCUGCUGCAGCGUUCAAGUUCAGGUGAGCCUCGUCACUGGCACAACAAGUCCUCUGCCCGGGACCGACCGGGAUGCUUGCUCCAUGCCGUUCAGUGGUAUGCUAUAAAUGGGCCGCGCAGGAUGUAAAGCCUCGCUAUAAGAAGCAGGAGGAUGGCGAAACCAGGCUUGUCUGCGGCGGUGCUGCUGCUCCUGCUGGGCUUCUUGUCGGUGUCCUCCGUUAAUGCCGACACCUUGCUGUCAGCUCCACUCAAUGUGACCAUCAGAGAGAUUGAGGUCAACUCCGCUAUGGUCACAUGGGAAAUCUUGGAGGGGGACCCUGUCAUCGGAUUUGCCAUCACACAACAGAAGAAGGAUGUGCGCAUGCUGAGGUUCAUCCAGGAAGUGAACACCACCACGCGCUCCUGUGCAUUGUGGGAUUUGGAUGAGGACACAGAGUACAUCGUUCACGUUCAGAGUAUAAGCAUGGGAGGCAGCAGCCCCCCCAGUGAUCCGGUUCUCUUUAGAACGCCCAAAGAAUCGGAGAAGAUGGCGUCUAAAAGCCCAGAUGAGGUGAUGAUGGAGGAGUUUGGUCAGGCUGCCCAGCUGAGGGCUGGAGAACUCAUCAUCAUUGUAGUGGUGCUCAUCAUGUGGGCAGGGGUGAUCGCCCUGUUUUGUCGUCAGUAUGACAUCAUCAAAGACAACGAGCCCAACAACAACAAGGACAAAGCCAAGAACUCCUCAGAGUGCAGUACUCCAGAGCACCCACAGGGGGGGCUACUGCGCAGCAACGUCUAAGACCAGCCCUGCAAAGCCUUGCGCAAUAACCAACUCCUUCAACCUCAGGACAGACCCUGAGACCAACAGAAAGCCAUUCUCAGACACCAUCGUUCUGAAGAACCGAUAAACCAUUAGAGGAACUCUUCAAAAACAAUGGACACCAAUCUGAACUUGCAAAAUCAAAGGCUGCAAAUGGUCAAACAGGAAACAGAAGAGGACAAAACUACAUUCACCUUUGUUGUGACCACAACUUCAGUGUAGCCUACUUUGAGUGGACAGCCAGUAUAGACACAAGACAUAAAAUGGCUGUCAAUCAAAGCACCGGAGGGAACGUACAAUCUUCCUCACAAGAACUGCUUUAUUCAUAAGUAGGCCUACUGGUUACUCCUAAUUGGUGGCAUUGAAUCCCAAGAACGGAUGAUCAAACAUGAAUGUCAUGAAUGUGUUUUUUUUUGUCUUUUACUUCUUUUGUUAUCACUGGUCAGAAAUGUAGGUUGCCACGCAAGAAUAGCUGGUCCAGGUAUCAGUCAGCACACAACUAAACAAGCUAUGCUCUGUUUUAAACCAAGGACUUUCUCUUUUUCUAUCUCUCCGUCCACAUUCCCUCCUUUCUGUCUUUGUUACAGCCCUUUGUGUAGCAGCUCAUCUGUAUCCCUUUCUUUCAGUGUCAGUGUCUCUCUAAUAAUAACAUUGCCGUUUGGUGCUCCUCCUAUUGUGAUUGUUUGAGCCCUCACAAUCCCAAUCUUUAUUACGGUAUUGUUUUGUUAUUGGGUCAGAAGUAUUGCACAUUGAGUCUUGUCUCCUGGCUUUCUCUCUCUGCGUCAUCAGUUAAGUGAUGCAUCUGUUUUUGUCUCUCCUCUCUGAACUGGAACCUUAAUUCCCUUGUCAGUUCAGGGAUAAAAUCUGACAAAUUUGUUUUACAGCGCCCCAUAUUUUUCUUAUAUGAGUUGAAUGACGCUGUCUGAGCCAUGAUUCAGACAAAGUUCAAGGAUUGACCAGGCAAUGUGUCAUCACAGCGGUGUCACAUUCCAAAUCAAAAUCUGGCAACGACUUCCAAGUUUUAAAUCCAGAAGUUUACUUCUAUGUCAAACUUUUAAAAGACUUGCAUGGCUGGAAAAUGACUGAUUUGGGUUCAAAUUGAGAUUGAUUGUUGAUAUUCAGCACCAUAUGGUGCCUGUGGUCUGCAACAGGGUGUGCAGGGAAUAAGCAUUGAGAUAUGUAGGGUAUCAUUCCUACUGUAUACACUGGUCAAAGUCUGGUUGGGUUUCCACUCUGGUUUGGCUGAAUACCAGCAGGGAUGGCAGGCAGUAGAAGCACAGAGAUGAUUGGUUACGUGGCUGAACCCUGUUUUGAAAUUCUUUGUAAGACUACAUUCAUCAUAAGCGAUCUAAGGCUGUAAUUGGGAUAGAGAAAAAAUAUGGAAAGUCCAGGUGUAAAUUCAUCACAAAUGCAAUGCAGAUUUGGUUGCCCAGCUGCCAGCACACAGUACAACUUUCAUGGACUGGCAGUACAAUUAAAAUUUACCUGAAUAUGUAAUCUAUAUGCUGAUGAUGAGAUUAUCUUUUUCUUUUAAGAAUACUGUCAUAAAAAUAAUCCGGCUACAUUGCCCGGCAGCGUAUACAACUGAAACCUGUCUCUCAUGUCUCUCAUGCAGGAUGCCAUACUAAACCAUGAAAGGUUUUGUUGUUUUACUUUCAUCCCAUUAAAGGGUUAACUGUU